AUGCUACAACAUCGUGGUUUAGACUCUCCGGAUGAACAGAAAUCUUUAGCCAGCACUUCAUCUCGAGCCUGGAUACCUCUUCAGUCCAGCAGAGAUCAGCUCAUAAAUGCUGGUGUUGUUCAGCCUAGUGAAUUCCCAAGGCUGACUCACCCCUCUGUAGAUGAUUCAGCAGUUGUGGGAAGGAAUGAUGACGUCUCUAUGGUGAGAGACAUGUCACUUGGCUCUGGCGCAGAAGAUGAUUUAUCUGUCGUUGCCAUUGUAGGAAUGGCUGGGCUAGGGAAAGACAACCCUAGCUUGCUUAGCUACUCUACAAAGACAAGAAGGCUAUUGAAUGAGAUGAUGCAAUCUCUAACAGGCGAUAAAUCUGAGACACCAAACAUUGAACGAUUAGUAAGAAAACUUGACGAGGAACUAAAUGGAAAAAAAUAUCUCCUUGUAUUGGAUGAUGUUGGAACACAAGACAUUACCAUCAAUAAGAAUGAGUUGAUUCAACUUUGUAUGGGUCUAGGAUAUCUUCAUCCUUUUACAGGAAGCGACUUUAAAAUGGAAGAUUUAGAGAGCAGUUGUUUGACUUUGGAAACUAGUGAAGUUAAGAACCAUCAAGAUGUUCAGCAUCUGUCAUUGAACCUUGGGGAAGAAACAAGGUUAGUUGAAACCCCUAUGAAAAAGUUGCCAAUUUCAAUGCGCAAGUUCAUACAUUUGAGGUAUUUUGACUUGUCAAACACAAAAAUUGAAAAACUACCCAACUUUAUCACCAGUCUCUACAAUUUGGAAACGCUGCGUUUGCCAUCGUCUCUACAAGAGCUUCCAAAAGAAAUCCAUAAGUUGGUUAGCUUGAGACAUCUAUGUAUGGAUGAAAGAGAAAUUAAUUUGAAGGUGUUUCAACCGAUGAUAGGGCAUUUGACUUCUUUGCAGACAUUACCAUGCUUUGUUGUGGAUGAGGAUAUGGGCCAUAGGAUUGAAGAGUUGGGAAGCUUAAACUAG